AUGUCUGCUUGGUGGUUCGCAAUCUUUUUAACAACUUUCAGUGCUGUCACGUUGGCUUCGGCUCAAGACACCAAGACCCCUGAGUCAAUGAAGUGCACUAUGUACGCUAAAGCCAACACCAAUAACGCUCAGUGCAAUGAACGCUACACCUGCACGGGCGGAUGUGAAGGUCCAUUCGUUGUUGGUCCAUCUUGUCUUUUGAUAACCAACGCUACCGACUUUAUGGGGAAGCCCAAUUCCGCUAGCGAUCCACCGAACAACCCAGUAUCGAAUGUGAAAUGUACCGUAGGGUUUGGGAGAAACAGUGCGGCAGCGAGACUAUGCAUCACUGAAACCGCAACAUACAGCUGCACUGGGACGACAGCGCCCGAUUCCCAUGCGAUGUGUCAAGGUUGCACCGUGGGCACCGCAGGAAGCUCGGGAGGAGGUGCACAAACCACGACCCCAACAUCAACCACUGCAUCACAGGGAAACACAGGUACUGGCAACACAAACAACCUGACCUCCACGUCAAACACCACAUCAGGAACUCCAUCGACUGCCAGCUAUACCACUUCGAAUACGAAUAUUACCCCCACCACCCCUCCCAGGACUUUGGCUGGUAAGGCCAGACAGGUUAAUGUACAUCAGAGUCUUGCUUUGGUCGCUAUGGGUUUCCUUGUGGUCCUUGUUUAG